ACAGAUUGUGAGCGUGGGAAAGCAUGUUAAAGGAUACCAUUACAUUGUUGCCAACUUGGGAUUCAAAGAUAUUUCUCUGGAGAGGUUUAUGCAUGGAGGAGCUAAUGUGACGGGAUUUCAGCUAGUAGAUUUCAGUACCCCAAUGGUAACUAAGUUGAUGCAGCGCUGGAAGAAGCUGGACCAGAGAGAAUAUCCAGGAUCUGAGACUCCACCAAAGUAUACAUCUGCAUUAACAUAUGAUGGAGUGCUUGUGAUGGCUGAAACUUUCCGCAAUCUUAGAAGGCAGAAAAUAGAUAUUUCAAGAAGAGGAAAUGCUGGUGAUUGUCUUGCUAAUCCUGCUGCCCCGUGGGGUCAAGGAAUUGAUAUGGAGAGGACAUUGAAACAGGUUCGAAUACAAGGAUUGACAGGAAACGUUCAAUUUGACCACUAUGGUCGCAGAGUCAACUACACUAUGGAUGUCUUUGAGCUGAAGAACACAGGUCCUCGGAAGGUUGGUUACUGGAAUGACAUGGAUAAAUUAGUUCUGAUUCAGCAUGAACCUACACUUGGAAAUGACACUUCAGCCAUGGAGAACAGAACUGUAGUUGUCACUACAAUUUUGCCUCUGAUGAAGAAUCCUAUUUUAAGAAAUUGAUCAAGGAAGAAAAGAGUCCCAAGAUGCUGCGAACAUUCCUAACUAAGGCUCAAGUAUUAACCACCAGUCUAGUAGCAUUGAGCUAAUUUUUCCAUAUGGAUUACUGUUCCUCUGACUGGAUGACCAGGCACUGAACCACCAAGAAAAGUUCUGUGACUAAUCUGAAAUGUCUAGAACAGAUGACGUUAACCUUCAACUUUGCCAAGCUGAGAAGAGAAUGAUGUGAAUAACAAGCUUUCAGUCGAAAUUUUCCUCUCAUACCAAUCCUGAUAUCUUUGACUGAAGCUACCAUACACGAGUACUGUAAUUUCCAUAAAUAGCACCAAGCUUAGGAGAAGCAAGUAAAAAAUAAUAAUGAAACGUAAUAUACAAGGUUCCGGUUUGCCAGAAAGAAAAAAAAAAAGGAAAACAAGAAAGCUUUUAAAAUGUGUUAUCUUGCCUGUCCUGUUUGCAUUGAAGCAUUUUGAUGUGCAUAAUAAAUGUUAUCUUCAAAAGAACUUUUCCAGUCCCUGUACUGAAAGGACUGGUGGGAUAAUUUUCAAAACCAAAAAGCUGAAUUAAUAUUCCAAAGCAUGCCCUCUGUUUAUGCAGCAAGUCAUUUUGGGAUAAACACAAUUAUUUAAAAAUAGAAUUAGUUAUUGACCAAAAAUGUCCCUUUUCAAUGCUUUGAAAUCACAGUGCAAGAGAAAUAUAUCAGAAUUUGGUUUGAAUAUAUGGUGAAUUCUGCCAUAAACUAGUCAU